UUUCCAUUCGUAUAGACUAGAGAGAAGUAUCUCGCUGCAAUGAAUUUGUUCAGACGAUGGGGCAACGCACUUGACUGCCAGCAGUUUCUCAUUACGGCCUUCUGGAAUGGAGGCUCGAGCUUCGACACAUGGCUCAACAUCGGCUCUACCAAGAUCGCUCAAAUUCUGCUCACAAUUCCCUUUUCUUACGCACAAGCAGGCCUGCCCUCCGCAAUAGCAUUUCAGGUGCUCCACUUGCUGAUGGGCUGGUGGGGAGUUUACAUAAUUAACAUCCUCUACCUGACGUAUCAGAAGAAGCAAAACCCUCCGCUCCAACACAACCAAAAGCGCAAUACUCAGCUGCAUGAGGUGUUGGGUGGGCUUCUAGGCAAAUGGUGGAGUGUGGCAACUCUUGUCUCGAUGGUGCCGUAUCUAUUCACUGUGUGUGUUAUUCAGCUUACUGCCUGUAGCAAUAUUGUCUUCGAAAUGAAUGAUCAACUUCCAAAAAGAACAUGGACUGUGAUAUUUGGCGCCCUCUUCUCCCUGUCCAUUAUUAUGCCAUCCGCUCAAAACUACAGAGCCUGGUCUUUUCUGGGAGUCAUUGCAACUGUUUAUACUUCAUGUUAUCUGGGGGUUGCAGCACUAUUCCAUGGAAAGGUCUCAGAUGUUCAAAUGUCUCUUGCUCCCCGUGGCUAUAUAGGAUAUUUUAGUGCUCUCAGCAAUUUUCUGGCAGUUGGAACAGAGAUGAUACCUGUAGAGCUCAUGGACGCAAUGUGGAAACCGGAAGACUUCAAAACUCCCUGGUUUUACGGCAUCAUUUAUGUUUGUAUGGUGAGUAUGCCAGCAAGCAUGACUGUUAAUGUAGUCUUUGGCGACCAGACGUUGUCACAUCCGUCUGCUUUGAAGUUGUUUCCAAAGUCAAAGUUUCGGGACAUUGCAAUAGUUAUGUUGCUUCUGCACCAGUUCGUCGUGUUUGGCAUUCUGAGCUGGCCGCUCUACAUGUUCUGCGAGAAGUUCUUCAAAGUCCAAGACUCACCAAGCUUCACAAGGAGAUCUUUGUUGAGAGUACCUGUGUUUCUAGCGAUCUGGUUAGCCGCUCUUGCAUUCCCUUUCCUUCAAGUCUCAGCGCCUACUGGCAUAUUCGGAGCCUGGAGCAUAUACAUCAUUCCUUGCAUUGCCUAUAUCGUGAUAUUCUGGGAGAAAGCUUUGAGUGGUGUGCCCCAACCUGCCUUUCCGAAAUUGAGCUGGGAAACAACCUUCAGCAUCAACCUGAGCAUCAUAAUCUGGAUGGCAGCGAUGAGCGGACUCGCAUUAUGGGUCAGCAUAGCAGCCUACAUAAGACAAGGUGAACAAGUCGGCAUAUUCACAAAAUGCUACAUGUGCAAGUAAAAAGCCUGGACAACUACAAGUUUGCAUCUCGGCACAACUUUUGACCUAAUUUCAAAACAUUCAUGAAAGUUUUUGACAGUGGUGAGAGGUAGUCAGAGCAACCCACAGACUGUUACAAAACUGGCGCCCAUUUGCUUUGAUGAGGGAUUGUUCCGGCUGUAAUCCCAGCCCAUACCACAGAGUAGAAGAACUGGAAUAUGUCGUGACCGACUGUCAUGCAAACCAAGUUAGAGCAUUUUGGUA